AUGAUUCAAAUCGAUGAUUUUAAACGACCUUCCCCGUCACCGUCACGUUGCUCGGUGCGAAGUGACAGUAGAGUGCUCCGUCAGCCGAGGGUCAUCCAGGUAAACCGAGAUGUCGCAACCAUGAUGGACGAUCAAGCGAACUGUGUAUCUCGAAACGAAACAGAACCAAUAAUGAUAUCUGACUUUGAACCUGAGCAUACCCCGCAUUCUUCAAACUUUCGAUCGAGGACAUUCAGUGACGGAUUCAUAAGGAAUACAAGCCUUGAACUCUUACUUGGUGUCGAUUGCGAGGCUUGUCUCGCGCUAGCCGCCCAGAGACAAUGUUAUAAUAACCACAUAUCAGAACGUGACUUUGACUUAGCUUGUAAUUGUAAUAUGCAACAAAAUAAUUAUCUGAACUGCCAUCGUGACGUCACGAAACAACGGGGCCAUACGCUGAGUAUUUACGACAUGGAAAGAAUGAAAAGAGACGCGGGGCGGAAUAACUUAAUAAAUGGAACGCAUUGCAGCUUAGACAGGAAACAGAUUAAAAGCAAAAAUGUUUCCAACUACAUUUCAAAGCAAUUUAUAUCGUAUGAUCAAACGAGCACCCUCGUACAGAAAAUAAAAAAGAAACUGUCGAAUUUGAAAAGAAUCGGGGAAGACGCGAUGUCGAAAAAACCUCAGAAUGCGGUGCAGUUGGCCGAGAUAAGUGCCGGCUCCGCCAACUCACUGAGGAAACUGUCGAUGUUAUCGCUCGUCGAUAAGACGCAACGGAGGACGAACAGUCAAAGUUGUGUAUAUUCUUCGACAAGCUUGCAUUCCAAGACAGAUUUUAAAGAAAACAUUAAUACCUACGCGAAUUUUUCUAACGUUGAUCAGUGCUUUGAUCGACUGCGAGAUUGUAAUAGCGAUUUAUGUAAACCGCAGAAGAACACUAACAUAAGAACGUUGAAUAGAAAUGAUGAAAGCGUAACGAGAAAUUCGUCGUCAAUAAAAUUUUCUACUCUCGACAAUAGAAGUAGAUGUAGGGGAAUAAGACGGCAAAUGUCUUAUAAUGAUUUUGCAUCGGAACGAUUCCCUGAUAGAGUAUCGGAAGCCUGGUCGCCGGAAGACAAAACUCUGGGAUCGGGUAACACUCGCAAUAACAUUAUAUCGGAAAAUGGACAGCCGUUUAUGGAGACCGACAGAAAUAUAGGAAACGGCCAUAGACCCGUUCAUGCACAGUGUACGUGUGACACCGGGAGGACGCAGAAGAUUCCCUCUAUUUUCUUCGACACACAUGGUAAGAAGAAAGCGAUCCCUGCGCCUGACGUUACGAGUCGUGGUCAAGACGUCUCCUGCAGUGCCUGCAAGUCAGCGCAGUGGCUUCCAACCACCACCGCUUCGAGCACCAGCCACAGUUCAACUGCCACGGGAAACUCUUCACGUUUGUCAGGAUGGCAGCGACGUUGGUGCUGCGUAGCUGUUCUUGUGCUAGUAGCCGGUACAGCGUGCGUAGCUGGACCCCUAGCGCUACGAGCACCACCCGGUGCGCCUCUACACGAACGUCUACGACUCGCCAAACAACUGCUACACGACACGCCACUUAUCGACGGACACAACGACCUGCCGUGGAACAUCAGAAAAUUCUUACAUAACAGAAUUAAAGAUUUCAGAUUUGACGAAGACCUGCGAACUAUAUCGCCGUGGGCAACAAGCUCGUGGAGUCACACUGAUUUGCCUCGAUUGAAGCAAGGUCGAGUGGCCGCCCAAUUCUGGGCGGCGUACGUGCCCUGCGACUCCCAGCACAAGGACGCUGUUCAACUUACCUUUGAACAAAUAGAUUUGAUACAGCGACUGACGGACAAGUACCACCCUGAACUUACCUUCUGUACGUCUGCCGAUGAUAUUUUGGCGGCGCACGUUAAUCACCGCGUAUGUUCUCUUGUGGGAGUCGAAGGCGGUCACGCUAUCGGAGGAUCACUCGGAGUUUUAAGGACCUUGUAUCAAGUGGGGGUUCGGUAUUUAACCCUAACGUCCUCUUGUGACACCCCCUGGGCCGAGUGUGCCUCGACAGAUCGACCUGAGCCUCUCAGAGGAGGUCUUACAUCGUUUGGUAAGGUUGUUAUCAAGGAGAUGAACAGACUGGGUAUGCUUGUGGAUUUAUCUCACGUAUCGGAACGUACAAUGCGAGAUGCCCUAGCUGUCUCCAGAGCUCCUGUAUUAUUUUCGCAUUCAUCAGCACGAUCCCUCUGCAACGUGACCCGAAAUGUACCCGACUCUGUACUUCGAUUACUGGCCGCAAACAAAGGUCUAAUUAUGGUGAACUUUUAUACCUCCUUUCUCACCUGCGGAACGUCAGCCACAGUACAGGAUGCUAUAGCACAUAUAAAUCACAUACGGGAUGUCGCUGGCGUGGAUUACGUAGGACUGGGUGCUGGAUAUGACGGAAUUAAUUACACUCCCCAAGGACUGGAGGACGUAUCAUCGUACCCACUAUUAUUCGCUGAGCUAAUGGAAGCUGGAUGGAAUAUGGAAGAGCUUAAGAAACUAGCUGGACUUAAUCUUCUUCGCGUGUUGAGUGCAGCAGAGAGAGUGUCUAAGGACCUUGCUUCGGCCCACGUAGCCCCGUACGAGGAUGUGGCACCUCGCACAUUGGAUUCUCUUAACUGUUCUAGUCAAGAUCUAUAA